AUUUAUUAUUUUUUAUUAUUAUGCAAACAUGCAAACGUUUUAAUUUUUAAUUUUAAAAGCUUCGUUGUAUUUCAUUAAGUAGUAAUGUUCGUUUAAUGUCAGUCGCUGGUUGUUGUCACUUAUAAAAUUAAUCGACUAACUACAUAGUUUGUUAAAACUUGAUUAACUAAAUUAAAUGGAAGAGACUAAUACACCGUUCCAUAGUAGUACAACAUUGGUGUUACGCCCACAAGUAAAUGAUGGUCAAGUAGUACAUUUAAAAUUAAAGAAACCCAAAAAGAGUCACAAACAGGUUAGUUGGGAUGCACACACUGUUGACAAUGAGCACUUUAACAAGAAAAAGAGCAAAUGUUGUUGUAUUUAUAAAAAACCAAAAAAAUUUGGAGAGCCCGAUACUGACGAAAGCAAUGACAGCGACAAUGAUGAAUGUGCCAGUUGUGUGGGUAGUAAAAAAACACAUCAACUACACAAACAGGAGAACAAACUCGAAGAACCUAAAGAAGAUAGUUGUUAAAAAAACAUAUUAAUGUAUCUUUGCAUUAAUUGUAAACUUUGUAUGUAUAAAACUAUUUAACCGUACAAUUUCCUUUUUUUAUUUCUGUUUAGUUUGACUACAACCACCUAUUUGUUUGAAUAAUAACUUAUUUUUCUAAUUAAACGUUUGUUGGAAUAUAAUUACCUUUAAUUUAUA